ACUAUCCGACAGCUGGGGGAGUUUCCACUGCAGUGGAGGCGGAGUACUAACAUUUGAGAGGGAGAUAUGGGGGAUAGCACUGCAAAGUGUGAGAGUGCAUCAAGAAAUGUUCGAUGAUUUCAUUUGGCUUUGGUUCUGACCAAUAUCGUUACAAGCUGCUUUGUGAACAUGAAGCUGCCAGAAUUAAAAGACACAAUUAGUCGCUUCAGAUUUGCACAAUCCUGUGUGGGUCUAAGUGGUUGCCUGUGUGUGUCCUACGCCGUCUGGACACCAUUCUGGUUCAAGCAUGAGGGACUCUGGAGGGACUGGAAUACCACAAAGGAUGACCGAGGCAGUGACGGUGUGGCCUUUGACGCCCUGGAAGCAGAGAGAGUAUUUGGGGUUUUGUCCUUCCUGUUGGCCCUGAGCACGGGGGCUCUCUCGCUGGUCUUUGCUCUCUGUUGGACAUCUAAGACGGUGCGCUCCUACUCCAACACCCGCUCUCUCCUCAUGGUUGGCCAGGCACUCUACCCCACGACCUUGCUCCUCCUCACCAUGUUCUCCACAGGUUUCUUCUUCCUCCUCAGCUGGUCAAUAUUCACCUAUCAUCAUAGGGAAGAAAUCAAGCAGCAUUUCUCCUCCUUGGGCUCCUCCUAUUGGUUCGGGGCUUUAGGCUGGACCCUGCUAUUAGUUGUGGAAACGAUCAUCUUUGUGGCUGAGCAAGUGAUCGUGCCGGACAUUUUGGAAGACCUGGAAAAAGCAGUGCAGUCAUGGCGGGUCACUUCUCAGCCUAGUCGCUGCUUCAGCGAUGGUUAUUGUCAUCCUGCACGCAGUCACAGUAAACUAGCGCCAAAGAGGUUCAUGUCAGCACCCGGACAACUUCACAUGAACACACAGACUUAGAGGGAAAUAUACAAACAUAAGGACUAGGGAUGUCCGAUAAUGGCUUAUUUCCGAUAUUGUCCAACUCUUUAAUUACCGAUUCCGAUAUCAACCGAUACCGAUAUCAACAGAUAUAUGCAGUCGUGGAAUUAACACAUUAUUAUGCCUAACUUGGACAACUAGGUAUGGUGAAGAAAAGGUACUUUUUUAAAAAAUUAAUAAAAUAAGAUAAAUACAUUAACAUUUUCUUGAAUAAAAAAGAAAGUAAAGCAAUAUAAAAACAGUUACAUAAAAACUAGCAAUUAAUGAAAAUUAGUCAAAUUAACUGUCAAAGGUUUGUACUAUUAGUGGACCAGCAGCACACACAAGCAUGUGUGCUUACGGACUGUAUCCCUUGCAGAGUAUUAUAUAUUGAUAUAUAAUGUAGGAACCAGAAUAUUAAUAACAGAAAAAAACAACCCUUUUGUGUGAAUGAGUGUAAAUGGGGGAGAUAGGUUUUUUGGGUUGGUGCACUAAUUAUAAGUGUAUCUUGUGUUUUUUUAUAUUGAUUUAAUAAAAAAAACCUAAAAAAACCGAUACCGAUAAUAAAAAAAACGAUACCGAUAAUUUCCGAUAAUACAUUUUAACGCAUUUAUCGGCCGAUAAUAUCGGCCUACUUGCCAACCUUGAGACCUCCGAUUUUGGGAGGUGGGGGGUGGGGCGUGGUUGGAGGCGGAGGCGUGGUUAAGAAGGGAGGAGUAUAUUUACAGCUAGAAUUCACCAAGUCAAGUAUUUCAAAUAUAUAUAUAUAUAUAUAUAUAUAUAUAUAUAUAUAUAUAUAUAUAUAUAUAUAGUCAAGUAUUUCAUAUAUAUAUUCCAUCCAUUUUCUACCGCUUAUUCCCUUUGGGGUCGCGGGGGGCGCUGGAGCCUAUCUCAGCUACAAUCGGGCGAAAGGCGGGGUACACCCUGGACAAGUCGCCACCUCAUCGCAGGGCCAACACAGAUAGACAGAC